CAACCAGCUUAAAAGAGGCUGCUUGUACAUAUUUACUUACUUACCUCUUCUUACCUCUGCUGCACUGCUGCCCCAAUGCGCUCUCAUCUUCUUCAUCAUCUGUAAAACUCAAACUAAAACAAUCACUUCCAUGGCAGACGUAUCCGCUCCUCACAGCUCGGGCCCUGACCCCGAUGCGCCGCCAUCCAGUGCUGGCUCUGCCGGCCACUCCGCACCUAUCGACCUGCGUUCAGGUCCGCUCCCGAUGACGGAGGAAUUGAAAGCUAAAAUAGAUAAAGUUAUUUACUCUGAUAUCGGGAUCACCACUCUCCUGACUCGCUUAAAGCAAAGUGUUUCGUCCGCCAAGGAUUUUGCUACCUUCCUGAAGAAGCGAUCCUCCCUCGAAGAAGAACAUGCGCAAGGCCUGAAGAAGCUGUCCCGUUCGCUCCAUGACGCCGCUCAUCGCUCGGAAAAUCGUCAGGGCACUUAUGCUAGUAGCUACAAUGACCUUAAUCGCUUCCAUGAGCGCAUGGCGGAUCACGGGCUUCAAUUCGCCGUGUCCCUGCAACAGAUGGCUGACGACCUCAAUGAGCUAGCAACCAACAUUGAACGUGGCCGCAAGCAAUGGAAGCAGACUGGCUUGAGUGCGGAGAAAAGGGUGCUAGAGGCGGAAGCGUUGGCCGAAAAGGCGAAGGCCAAGUAUGAAUCUCUUGCAGAGCAGUAUGACCGGGUGAAGACGGGCGAUAAUAAAGGUGGAAAGUUUGGUCUUAAGGGCCACAAGUCCUCAGCUCAACACGAGGAGGAGCUGUUGCGCAAAGUACAGAAUGCGGACUCGGACUAUGCUGCCAAGGUUCAGGCUGCGCAGACGGCUCGACGGGAACUUGUCUCAACCCACCGUCCCGACGCUGUCAAGAACAUCCAGAAGCUGAUCUCGGAAUGCGACUCUGGUCUGGCGCUGCAGUUGCAGAAAUUCGCAACAUUCAAUGAGAAGCUGUUGCUGGGACAAGGCCUGUCAAUCAGCCCCUUGAAGGAUGGCACGGGGAAUCCUGCUUUGACACCAAAGAGCUUGUACGAAGUUGUGUCGCAGGUUGAUAACGAAAAGGACUUCAAGGACUACAUCCUGAGCCACGAGAGCAAUCCUGCUGCAGUGACAUCCGAGGAAAUUAGAUAUAAGCGCCAUCCGACCCUCGGGGGAUCCGGGCCUGUUGCACCUGUAUCUGCACCCGCAACCCAGAACAAAAGACAGUCGACUUUCCUCCCUUCAUCCUUUUCUACGCAGACUCUCUCCUCCCCCCAAGCAUCAACUCAGCCAUCAGCGCCAGCGCCGGCUCCCGCGCCCGCACCAGCUCCCGCGCCAGGACCAGGGCCAGUUACUGACACAUUACCAUACCAUCAAAAUCCAGACUCGUUCAGAUCAUCACCAUUCCAACCACAGCCACCAUAUCCAAUAAGCUCAUCGGGUGCUUCGGAGCUGCAUCAUGCGACAAAUCAGCCACCUGUACCACCAGCGAAAACGCCCCUCUAUGGGCACGGCAAUGGCUUUCAGUCACACCUCCCUCCCUUGAAGCCGGUGUUUGGUGUGUCAUUGGAGGAGCUGUAUACACGAGAUGGCACAGCAGUACCUAUGAUUGUCUACCAAUGCUUUCAAGCUAUUGAGCUUUUCGGUCUUGAUAUGGAGGGUAUCUAUCGUCUGUCCGGGAGUGCCACCCAUAUCAGCCAAAUGAAGGCGCUGUUCGACAACGACUCGUCUCAAGUGGAUUUCACCAAUCCUGAGAAUUUCUACCAUGACGUCAAUAGUGUCGCCGGGUUGUUGAAGCAGUUCUUUAGAGAUCUACCCGACCCUCUUUUCACGUCCCAUUACUAUAACGACUUUAUCAAUGCAGCCCGACUUGAUGAUGAUAUUCAACGCCGCGACUCCCUGCACGCGCUCGUGAACAACUUGCCUGACGCCCACUACGCUACCUUGAGAGCUCUAAUCCUGCAUCUGAACAAGAUCCAAGAACACUACACGCAAAACCGUAUGAACGCAGGCAAUAUUGCCAUUUGCUUUGGACCAACACUCAUGGGCGCUAGCUCCGGAGGCAACAUCGCCGAUGCAGGCUGGCAAGUCCGCGUCAUCGAGACGAUCCUCGUCAACACAUUCCAGAUCUUCGACGAUGACUAAAUGAAUUUCUCGACAUGAAGACGAUCAUAGUUGCUUGGCUGACCUGGACAUGACAUGACUUAAUCUUCGCCGUCUUGCGAUGCGUUAGAGCCACCAAUCUCUGGAAUUGCUUCUAAUCUUUCUUCUUUCCACGCGAAUACCACUCUUCAAUCUCUUCUUUUGUCUCAAGUCGCUGCUUCGUUUUUCUUUUCUUCUCUUUCUUUUUUUUUCUUUAUUGUUGUCCCUUCCCUAUGUUUGUGUUCAGAAAUGCUUUGGAAAAUCGAUUGGGUUUUCCAAAUCCUGUAUGUGUAUAUAUGCUUGUCGAAACUUAUUGCCGGCACCCGAGGAUUGGGAUUUAUCUCUUUCAUAUGUCAACAUUUAUACGUUGCCUUGUAGAUCAGUGAUGAUAUGAGGGCCAAUGUUAUUUCUCCGUCUCGCAUGUCGCCUGUAGAACGGCUAUAUAGCAUUCAUUGUACUUGC